GAGAGAGAGAGAUGGAAAAGAGCAAGGUACUCAUCAUAGGAGGAACUGGGUACCUGGGGAGGAGAUUGGCGAAGGCAAGUCUAGCUCAAGGCCAUGAAACAUACGUUCUCCAAAGGCCGGAUAUGGGUGUGGACAUUGAGAAAGUCCAAAUGCUGUUAUCAUUCAAGGAACAAGGAGCCCGUCUAGUGUUGGGUUCUUUCAAUGACCACCAGAGCCUUGUUGACGCCGUGAAGUUGGUAGAUGUUGUCAUUUGUGCUAUAUCCGGUGUCCACAUCCGGAGCCAUCAAAUCCUCCUUCAGCUCAAGCUUGUAGAUGCCAUCAAAGAAGCCGGAAACAUCAAGAGAUUUUUACCCUCUGAGUUCGGCACUGACCCUGCAACAAUGGAGAAUGCCAUGGAACCAGGGAGGGUGACAUUUGACGACAAAAUGGUAGUAAGGAAAGCGAUCCAAGAUGCUGGGAUCCCAUUCACCUACGUUUCUGCCAACUGCUUUGCUGGUUACUUUCUUGGUGGCCUGUGCCAACCUGGAAGCAUCCUUCCUUCAAGGGAUCAUGUGGUUUUACUAGGAGACGGCAACCAAAAAGCCAUCUACGUGGAUGAAGAUGAUAUAGCCAUGUACACUAUCAAAACCAUAGACGAUCCACGAACCCUGAAUAAAACACUCUACCUGAGGCCACCCCAGAACAUCCUUUCCCAAAGAGAAGUCGUGGAGGUCUGGGAGAAACUGAUAGGGAAACAGCUCCACAAGUCCUCAAUCUCCAAGGAAGAAUUUCUAGCCACCAUGAAAACCCAAAAUUAUGCAGAGCAAGUGGGAUUAACCCAUUACUAUCAUGUUUGCUAUGAGGGGUGCCUUGCAAAUUUUGAAAUAGGAGAUGAGGCAGAGGAGGCUUCUCAGCUUUAUCCUGAAAUCAACUACACUACUGUUCAUGAAUACAUGAAAAGAUAUCUGUGAUCCCCAACAUGUUUGCUCUACUUGCUGUUGAACCCUGUAAUGCUUCUCUCUAUGAGUCUAUCACAAUAAAGACUGUUAUGUUAUGAUCAUGUAUUUGUACUUGAA